CGCCCACUGCCCGCCCAGCCGCCCCGCCGCCCGCACCGACCCGCGCAGCCGCCCCGCAGGGCAGGUGGGGGCCAAGGAAAGGAUGAAGGCCCGCUGCCUCCUGCUGCUUGCUCUGUCUCUCUCCAUCGCUGACCUUGGCAGCCCCUCUGAACGCUGUGAUGACUGGGGAGUCGACACCAUGAAACACAAGCCAGUCUACAAUGGAGAGCCAGCCAAAAUCAGAUGCCCGCUCUUCGAGGCCUUCUUGAAGUAUAACUACAGCACUGCCCACUCGGCCGGCCUGACCCUGAUCUGGUAUUGGAUCGGGCAAGGCCAGGACUUGGAGGAACCCAUCAACUUCCGUCUGCCCGACAACCGCAUCAGCAAGGAAAAGGAUACGUUGUGGUUCCGGCCUGCGCUCCUCAAUGACACCGGGAACUAUACGUGCAUGCUCAGAAACGCUACCUACUGCAGUAAAGUAGCUUUCCCCUUGGAGGUGGUUAACAAAGACCCCGGUUCUUGUGUCAGCGGAGCCGUCAGGCCAGACAAUGUCGUGUUUUACUUGGAAGACAUCGGCGUCAAUCUCAGCUGCCCACAUGUGGAUGGUUUUUUUCCUGCCGGAGUCAAGCCGAAGGUCCAGUGGCUUCGGAACUGCGACCUUGUGAAUAAGUACCCUGAGAGAUACCCCAAAGGCCUCAACCUCACGUUCGGCCUUGUGCGUGAAGCAUACAAGGGGGACUAUACUUGCGUUGUGACCUACAAGGAGAACGGCCAGGACUUCAGUCUCACCAGGACUUUGAGGGUAAAGGUAGUAGCAUCGCCAAGACAUGGGAAACCCCCAAAGAUCAUCUCUCCAAACGACCUCAUUGUCUAUGAAAUCCCGGCAGGAGCGGAUCUCGUUCUCCCUUGUCACGUCUACUUCACGUUCCUGAAGGGCCCACCCCCUGAAGUCUCCUGGUUGAUUGAUGGACGAAAUACAGACGACAUCACGGACCUCAAGAUCAACAUCUCCCAGACGGAUAAUUAUGACCCCGUGGAAAACUUGGAUGUGGUGAAGACUCUAAUUGUGCCGAAAGUCACAGAGGAGGACUUGAAGCGCAACUACACCUGCUACGCCCGUAACCCAAAGGGUGAAGAAUACAAGCAAGCCACUGUGAAGUUGAAAGUUCCAGUACCGAGAUACACUGUGGAGCUUGCCUGCGGCUUGGGAGCGACUGUCUUUCUUGUGGUCAUCCUGACAGUGGUUUACCACGUUUAUUGGCUUGAAAUGGUUCUCUUCUACCGUGCUCACUUCGGGACAGAUGAAACCAUUCUGGAUGGGAAGGAGUACGACAUUUAUGUGUCCUACGCGAGGAAUGCCGAGGAGGAAGAGUUUGUGCUGCUGACACUGCGAGGAGUCCUGGAGAACGAGUUCGGCUACAAGCUGUGCAUUUUCGACAGAGACAGCCUCCCUGGCGGAAUUGUUACGGACGAGACCCUCAGCUUCAUCCAGAGAAGCCGCCGCCUCUUGGUCGUGCUGAGCCCAAACUAUGUCCUUCAGGGCACCCAGGCCUUGCUGGAGCUGAAGGCAGGCCUGGAGAACAUGGCCUCCCAGGGCAGCAUCAGGGUCAUACUGGUCCAGUACAAGGCCAUCAAGAAGAGCAAGGUCAAGGAACUCCGGCGGGCCAAGGCGGCUCUCACGGUCAUUAAGUGGAAGGGGGAGAAGUCCAGGUAUCCCCGGGGAAGGUUCUGGAAGCAGCUGCUGGUGGAGAUGCCGGUGAAGAACAGAGCCAAGAGCUCCGUGGAGGCACAAGAAUUCUCCUACCCUUCCCUGGAAAAGCCUGAUAGGGGGCCAGGAGGAGGGAGGAAACAGCUGAUGCUGAACUAGGAGGAUCCUAGUCAAGGGUUUUGAGAGCGUCUGGAAGAAGCUGCCCCCAUCCCAGUGCUCCGCCUGAGCACCGUUUGCCAGGCCUGUCUGAAAGAACGCCCACGUGCGUUUGUGUGCCUGGGGCCCCCCUGUUGGUGACGGACCCACAAAGCCACUGCUGGGUUUUCUAUCCCACGAGAAGGCAGGUUCCUUUCAGGCAGGGCCCGUGCGGUCUUUGGCGUGGGAUUGUGGGGGAGUUCUUGCCUACGUGGAGGACAGAGACCGCUGUUGCCCUGCCUUGCUCUUGAGUUUUCUGACUAGAGAGUCACUGGGGGAUUUCACUUCUGUUUGGACAGGAUGAGUCCUGCCCGAGACACCGUUGGAAGCCGCCAGUCCUUGCUUCCAGCACCAGCCUUUAAAAAACAGGGAUCAUGUUCUAUUAUGUGUCUCCCUAGAUAGAAUGGACAUUACUUGUUUGGAGGAACUCGAUUGUUAACCGUGUGCAGUGCAUUUGAUCAGGGAUCCCUCCAUAGCAGCCACGCAGUGGAGGCACACCGCAAUCCUGAGCUCUCAGAUCCUAUAUUUUUAUGUUCUUCUCCACCCCUCCCCCGAGAAAUCCCACAGCUCUGUUGCCACCUAAUCGUUCUCCAGAGGGCAAACGCGGGGAUGACGUUGGACUGGCGUGCCAUCUAACAGUGCCCCAACUAGCGGAUCCUGCCACAAAGCUGGCCAGGAUUCCAACAGGUUUCCUCUGAGCCAUGCUCUUCUCCACUCCCCCCACCCCAUUUCUCACCCCAGCACAAACCACAGGAGUGGCGGGGGCGGGGGCGUGGAGAAACACCUGUUAAGAAGGUCCAGUUGACUUUUGGAGCAAGUUAUUCUGCACUGUGGCACAAAAAGUUUUGUCUCACUUGACAGUUGCAUGUAUUUGCUUUCCCUUCUAACCUACAAGCAGGUUAGGCGAUAGGCUCUUACGCUUGUGUUCAGUAUUAUUUCCCAGGCCAGGGGCAUUUAAAAUGUUCUGUCCAAGUUUACAGACAGCUCCCGUGGGCUCCAUCUCACUGGCUGUCAUUCCUUAGGUCUGCCAGUUGGCUGUGACGCAGUCUCAGCUUCCCAACCUUUGUCUUCGUUGCUUUACCCUCCACCCCACACACAUCACAGAUCUGGGGAGAGCUAGGCUGAAAGAGACUAACCCUGGGGUGACAGCCUUGGAUUUGGUUACAAGUGCAGGACAUGAAUGAAAGACAGAAGGGACUUGAGAACGGAGCAGACCCCAUAAGGAAGACUGGGAGCUCCCCGGUUCUCUUCCCUGUCAGGAUGGGUGUUGGAGUCUUGAACAAUAGGACAGUUAAUGGCUGCCAGGGAGGAGGGUGAAACACACAAUUCUUGCUAGAGAGAAACAAUGAGCUGAGCACGCAACUCGCACUUCAAGAAGUUCAGGGCAGUGAACACAGUUCUCUGUUCCCUGCUUUGUCCUCACCACAACCCUGCAAGGUAGGUUCAGUGGAGAGCAAGUGAUUUGGUCGAGAUUGUCUAGGGAAUGUCACGGCAGUAUGGGGAUAUGAAUCCAGGCCUUCCAGAGGUUAGUGUGACGCAGUAACUGCUAUGCUGCACAAGCUGUCUGUGAGUGAGCUAGGAUAACCUGCACAGAGCUGUGGCUGAAAUAGCUUGGAAUUUGUGGUUCGGGCAGGCGUGGCAGGAUAACAGCUCCGGUUAGCUCAUGAAAAUAAGUUGGGUUGCCAAAGCUACCCAGGAAGAGCCACCACUGCUCCUUCUAGGUAUACACUGGCAGUGCUGCUUAUGUACCCCUCCUUGGUAACUCUGAAGUCAGCCCUCAGUGCCUGCAACCGAGCACACCAGUCCAUGCACACUACUGCACGCGGUACUAAAUCCAGGUUUCUCUCUGCCUAACUUGUCAGGUGGCCUUAAGCUUCCUUACAGUGUAAUAGUUAAUGGGUUCAAAUCCCCACUCUGCCACGGAAGCGUGCUGGGAGACUCUGGACUGGUCAGUCUUGGUGUGACCGCACCCACUGGGUUUCUGUGAGGAUAAAGUGGAGGAUGGGGGACCCUUCUGAGCUCCGGAGGGAAGUGCACCAAAAUCUAAACGAGGCACUCGCCCAAUUUACGUGGUUUCUGAUGUGCAUUAGUGGUAGAGGCACACACUCUUAAACGGUACACCUGCCUUCUGGCCGGCUGUGUGCAAGUAUGCCCCUCCGAUGCAGGGCUCCGCUUUAGCCCACACUGGCCCCCUGGCCUUGAAUUACGGUGUUGCUCUCUGCCUUGAAGCAUCAGUGCCCAAAUCUUCCAUGGGAGGGGGAUCCUCCUUGGAAGCCGAACCAGUGAGGGGUCUCUCAAGCCACCCAUUCCAUUUGCUCGUUCAUUGGUUCAGUUUUGUUUCCCCUUCCCCUGUCUGUAUUUUCUUGUAUCAUCUGCAUUACAAUGUGACCGUUUUGGUUUUGUUUCAAUAAAAUGCUUAUUUUGGUAUUUUC